CUCAUGCACUCACGAAACUAAAACUACACUCCUCACUAGCUCCAAAAGAGCCCAUAAUGGAAAACUGCAAGAGAUCUCCCCUGAAGCCAUGGAAGAAAGGCCCUCCGAGGGGCAAAGGUGGGCCCCAGAACGCAGCGUGCGAGUACCGAGGCGUCCGGCAGAGGACCUGGGGCAAAUGGGUGGCAGAAAUCAGGGAGCCCAAGAAGAGGACCAGGCUCUGGUUGGGCUCCUUCGCCACGGCCGAAGAAGCCGCCUUGGCCUACGAUGAGGCCGCGAGGAGACUAUACGGUCCCGAGGCUUACCUCAAUCUUCCCCAUCUCCAGUCCAAUUACAACCCUCUCAACAAGUCCCACCACAAGCUCAAGUGGCUUCCAUCCAAGAGCUUCGUUUCCAUGUUCCGUCACCCCACCGGGUGGCUCAACCUGAACGCGCAACCGAACGUCCGGGUGAUUCAUCAGAGACUGCAAGAGCUGGAGAAAAAUGGAGAUUUCAAGACGAAAAAUCCGGUUGUUAAUGAAAAAACCAUGGCCGAUGCUUAUUUAACUCGGGAGAAAGACGUGGAGAUUGUAUCUGGAAAGGAAUUGGGAGAUGGAAAAGAGAAGCCUCAGAUUGACUUGCAUGAGUUCCUCCAGCAACUCGGCAUACUGAAAGAGGACCAGAGUUUGUUGUGCGGUGGCGACGAAGGAGAGAGCUUUACAGAGCCCGAAACUCCAUUGAAAGACGAGGAGGAGGAGGAUGGUGAUCAUCAUGAUGAUGGCGGCGGUGGUGGUGAUGGUGAUGGUGGGGUCCGGGGAUUCGCCGAGAAUAGUUUCAACUGGGAUACUCUUAUCGAGAUGCGAGACACGGAGGAUCAUCAACCCUCCAGUAGCUUCCAGGUUUGUGAUAUCCAGGAGGAGCUUUGUUUGCCUAGUUCCAUUUGGAACUUCUGAGAGAGUAUCAAUAGUACAUGUAGUACUUGAUUUUUGAAAGAAAGGAUCAUAUGUGGCUUUUACUAGAGUCGAUGGUAAUAAUAGGAAGGUCAGGUCUUGUCAUCACGUGACUCUGCCAUAUACUAUAUGCAGUAGAAAGUUCCAUAUAUAUAGUGAUUGC